AUGAAUUUUAGAUGUAAUUAAGUUGAUCAUCGAAAUCAGUAAAUAAUGGGGAUUUGUGUCUAGAGCACAUGUAAAUAUUAAAGACCAUUUUGUAAUUAUUGUUUGCCUAAUCAUGGCUCACAUCUUAACCAAUUAAUGACUUGGGAACUUUUAUAGGAAUGGAUUGAUCAAAAAAUAAUUCUAAUUAAAGAUCUUUAAAAAAAUGCUUCAGAUUGCAAGUCAGCCCUUGAUAGUCUUAUUAAUAAAAUUAUUUCGAACUAAAACUUAAAUAUUUAAUAAUUAUAAGUAUUAGGACUUUCAUAGAUUGAUAACAUAAUUAAGGAUUUAAGUUAAAUCGAAGAUAGCUAGUCUUCAUUAUUUUAGUAACUCAAAGAAUCAAUGGUAUAGGUAAUAUAAAUUAUAAAUGAAAUAUUAACAAAUAAAUUGAAGAAGAAUACUAAUUUAUAAGUUUAACAAACUUAAAAUACCAUAUCAUAGAUUCCGUAAUAAAAGAACUAGAUAGACAUAAUUUAGACAAAUUUAAAGUCAUUCAAGUUUGAGCUUAUAAAUUAAAAUCCAAUUUAGUAAUUAGAACAAUGUUAUGCAAUUGCUUUUAAUAAUGAUUGUACUAUUGUUGCAGCUGGAUGUUUUGAGAAAAUUAAAUUAUUUUAACAUAUAAAAGGGAAACUGGAUGAAAUAUAAGAAUUAAAAGAACAUAAACAAGAAGUCUAUAUUUUAAAUUUCAUGAAAAAUACAAAUAAUUUUGUAUCUGGGGGUGAAGAUUAUUUAAUUAUAUUAUGGCAGAUGGAUGUUAAUAAUUAAUGGAUAUGCUAAUAAAAAUUAGAUGAGCAUUCAGGUAAUUUAUUUUGUUUACUAUUGAACAAUAAUAAUGAUCUAAUUAUAUCAUGUAGUUCAGAUCGUACAAUUAAAUUUUGGAUGAAAUAGAAUUAAUGGUUUUGUUAAUAAACCUUAACUGAUCAUACUGAUUUUGUAUUUGCAUUAAGCUUAAAUGAAUAAUAAAAUAAAAUGAUUUCUUGCUCUCGAGAUUCAUAAAUAUUUGUAAUAGAAUAGUCACAGUUUGAUAAAAAAUGGAAUAUUAUUUAAAAGAUAAGCAUCGAAACAUGGGGAUGUAGAUUAUGUUUUAUUAAUGAUAGCUAAUUUACAUUUUAACCUUAUGCUAAAGAAUAGAUGUAAGUAUAUGAGUUUGAUUGUCAUACAAAGAACUUUAAGAAAAUUAAUGAAGUUUUUGUAGAAUGUGGUUCCAAUAGUUGUGAUUUCUUAUUUCAAUAAUAAUACAUAAAAUCAAAAUGUCUACUAGUAAAUAAGAAUGGCAAAUAUAUUAAUUUAUUGAGGAAAAAAGAAAAUGGGGAUUUUAUAGUUGAAUAAUCUAUAGAAUUUGAUCAUGAAGGUUUUUAUGGAUAAUUAAGUGAGGAUGGAGAGUAUUUAAUCACUUGGGCUUAUAAUUCAAAGAUUAUUUAAAUUAGAAAGUGCUAAAAAUUAUGA